UGCUUGUCCAUUAAUAGAACUGGUUUCCGUAGGAGAGAUGUUGGAAGGAUUGUCGAUUUGGUGCUAAAUUUUCCUGCACAGUGGAUGAAUAACCACGACUGUAUUUUUGAGAUCAUCUUUAUUUAAAACAUAUGAGUGAAUGAGAGCUGCUCGAUGUGACUCUGGCAGCCGUCGACCAUGAGUAAUAGCCACCCUCUGCGUCCACUGGCCUCCGUGUCGGAGAUCGACCACAUCCAUCUGCUGUCGGAGCAGCUGGGAGCCCUGGUGCUGGGUGAGGAGUACAGCGAUGUCACCUUCAUUGUGGAGGGGAAGCGCUUCCCGGCGCACCGGGUCAUACUGGCAGCUCGCUGCCACUACUUCAGGGCCCUACUGUAUGGUGGGAUGAAAGAGUCCCAGCCCCAGGCGGAGGUGUGUCUAGAGGAGACGCGGGCUGAAGCCUUCUCCAUGCUGUUACACUACCUGUACACGGGCCGGGCCAGUCUCAGCUCGGCCCGGGAAGAGGUGCUGCUUGACUUCUUGGGCCUUGCUCACCGCUAUGGCCUCCAGCCACUGGAGGACUCUACUUCUGAAUUCCUCCGCACCAUCCUGCACACCAAUAACGUCUGCUUGGUCUUUGACGUGGCCAGCCUUUACUCUCUGAGCGCACUCAGUGCAGCCUGCUGUGCCUACAUGGACAGACACGGACCUGAAGUAUUGAAUUCUGACGGCUUCCUCAUGCUCUCCAAGACUGCUCUGCUGACUGUGGUCAGGCGAGACUCGUUUGCUGCCAGUGAGAAGGAGAUCUUCCAGGCCUUGUGUCGUUGGUGCCGACAGCACGUGGAUGGGGCUGACACCAAGGAAGUGAUGGCAGCAGUGCGGCUGCCGCUCAUGACCCUGACAGAGAUGCUGAACGUGGUGCGACCGUCUGGCCUAUUGAGCCCGGACGACUUACUGGACGCUAUCAAGACCCGCUCUGAGAGCCGCAACAUGGACCUGAACUACCGCGGCAUGCUUAUUCCAGAAGAGAACAUUGCCACCAUGAAGUACGGAGCUCAGGUGGUGAAAGGGGAGCUGAAGUCUGCGCUGCUGGACGGAGACACCCAGAACUACGACCUGGACCACGGCUUCUCCAGGCAUCCCAUCGAGGAUGACGGCCGGGCCGGGAUCCAAGUCAAACUUGGCCAGUCGUCUAUCAUAAACCACAUCCGCCUACUGCUGUGGGACAGAGACAGCCGGUCUUACUCCUACUACAUUGAGGUAUCUAUGGAUGAGCUGGACUGGGUGCGUGUUGUGGACCAUUCAAAGUAUCUCUGCCGCUCUUGGCAGAACCUGUUCUUCACACCACGAGUUUGCAGGUACGUUCGCAUUGUGGGAACACACAACACAGUCAACAAGGUCUUCCACCUCGUGGCUUUUGAAUGCAUGUUCACCAACCGCUCAUUUACCCUAGAGAACGGACUUUUGGUGCCCAGUGAGAAUGUGGCGACCAUUGCAGCGUGCGCCAGUGUUGUUGAGGGCGUAAGCCGUAGCAGAAACGCCUUGCUCAACGGGGACACACGCAACUACGACUGGGACUCCGGUUACACCUGCCAUCAGCUGGGCUCUGGAGCAAUCGUCGUCCAGCUGGCUCAGCCCUACUCCAUAAGCUCCCUGAGGCUGCUGCUGUGGGACUGUGACGAACGCUCCUACAGUUAUUACAUUGAAGUAUCCACCAACCAGCAGCAGUGGACGAAGGUGGUCGACCGCACCAGGAUGGCAUGUCGAUCAUGGCAGACAUUGAAGUUUGAUAAGCAGCCUGCUUCCUUCAUCCGCAUUGUUGGGACUCACAACACUGCUAAUGAGGUGUUCCACUGUGUUCACUUCGAGUGUCCGGCCCAGCUGGACACAGAGGUUAAUGAAGGCAGCCCAGGCCUGGACUCCUCUGAUUCUGGAGCCAUCUCCCAGCAGCAGCAUCGACCCCAACGACCUUCACGCACACACAGCCUGCUGCCCUCCCAGCCCUCUUCAUCCUCAUCAUCUUCCUCACAGUCCCAUCAUUAAGAGACCCCUCACUCCCUUAUUGGAAGGUGUUGAGAGGAAGGGAGACCUCAGAAUGCCAUUUUGCACAGCCUUCAUCAUCCAGACUGCACUGCUACAACGCUGCUAAAGGCAGUCGUCUCAUUGUCAUAAACCAUGAUCCGUCUGUCAUAAGUGCAACAUUAGAGACUGGUAUAUCUGUAGCAGCAUUUAGGGCUCCAGUCUUCCCACUUUUGAAACAAAAAGUUAGGUGUUACAUCCACUGGCUUAUACAUUUUUGUGAAGGUACUUUCUAGCUACUCAAGACUCGAGUUUUUUCCUUAAAAAAUCAUCAAAGUGGAAUCUUUUCUUCUCCAAAGAUGAGGAACACUGAAAUGUGGUUAUACUGUACCACCAAAGAGCAGUAAGACCAGGGUAGGGGGGGUUGAUAUCUGAAUUUUACGGGUUAACGUUUCCAAAAAAAAGAUGCAUUUUAUCCUUAUAAAAAAGCUAUUUUUUUAAGAAACUUGUCUUAAAACGACUACUCACUUUUCAUACCAUCAAGCUAACAGAGUAGCAUUUAAGUAUUUUUCAAAGUUUGGAAUUCAAUUCUUCAAAUAUUUGCCAAAGCUGUCGAGCUAAUGCAUUUCUUGGCAUUUAUAUGCAAUUUGCACCCGAAACCAACAUCGGUGAUCCUUAUCUGGCGUGACUUUUUUGUAGUUAAAAUUCAUACCUCGGGGGGAAAAAAACUCACUAUAACUAAACUUAGAUUUAAGUGAGUCACUUAAUUUAGCGUUUUAAGAGCUUGAAUAGCUUAGCACAAAUGAUUGGGGAAAUCACUUAGGUUGGGAAAAUUGGGGCUGAGGGUCUCGGACCAAAUUAUGUAUGCACUAGGGCUGCUGGGAUGAAAGGUUAUAUACAGUAGAUACACGAGCAGCUGCUAUUGGCACUUUAUUUUACUCAAGUACACAGAAAUAAAGGUUGCAGCUUGGGUCUCCUGACUGAAGUACAGAACUGAAGUGCUCGAUGUCUGUAUGUUAAUUUAAUUUAAACACUUCCUCGCUCUGUCAGGAUCGGCCAGGUUUGUCUUUUGUGUUUUGUUUUUUUGUUUUUUUUUUUGGAGGUUUGUUUUUAAAUUAAGCUCAUCAGUGCUGUGGUUCCUGUUUGUUUCUUUUGUGUCCUGAUGUUGCACUUUUGAGUUGUUUGUCUUGAAAAAUCUUCAAACCUUUUUAUUUGAUGUUAAGUAACCUGAAAUACCUAACUACCUUGGGCGACCCACUGAUGUUUCUAUAAGCCUUCUUUAGUCAUCCCCAUCUACAUUAUAGAUUACCCAUAGUUGGAUAAAGUCUUCCUUAAGAACUAACCAGAUAACUGAAAUAGGGCUUUGUUCAGGUUACAUUGUUAAUGUAGAGGAAACACUCCCCAUCCCUCAUCUAACUUUAUGUAUGUAUAUAGUUUUACUUAAUAUAUAUAUAUAUUAGUUUUGACCAUUGACGUGUGAUUGCAUUUCACUGCCUCUUGUUCAAUACAUUGCCUGUCAAAAAUGUGAUUAUGGAAACAACUGACAUUGUUUAAUAAUGUUCAUUGCUGUGAGGGGUCACACCCGUCUGCUUGCCUGAAUCGCUGCUGUUUAACACAGCGGAAGUCUUUGAUACAAGCAAUACAGUGAUCUCUAUCUUCUGUUGAGCCUGGAGUCUCUUUUACAGACCAACAAUGCUGAUUGAUCAGUCAAGAUCUAUUCAUCAUGCUCCAGGCUCCGAUGCCCUGGUAGCUCUUCUUUAGGAAAUGUCGAUGUGUAAUUCGUCCCAAGGAGCUGUUUUAUUGUCAUGAAACAUUUAAAAACAUCUCAUUUUGAAGUUCAA